CUCCCCUCUCAUCUCGGCUCUCUCUCCCACUUCCUGUCUUCCUCUCUCUCUUCUUCUAUGUCCUGAUGUGCGUGGUGUCGCUUCAGUUCAACCGUGCCUGUGCGCUGCUUCAUGCAUACAAAUCCAUUCACCCAACUACAUCUCCAGUGUCACCGCUGCCAUAGCCGUUCUUUUGGAUACUUCAUUCAUGUCCUAGUUGCAGUCAACCUGUUGGAAACAAGUCAAAAGUGAAAAUGGAGAUUAUUUUAUCUUUGGGAAUUAGUUUUACUUUCAGACCAGUGGUUCUCUUUGGGAGUCAACUCUUCUCCUCGAGUUGUCCAUGAUCCAUUGUUGAAGGUCUCCAGAAUCAUUUGCAGUACAUUUUCAAACUAAGCUAUAAUGUUAAAAAGUGUAUAUCUACAGGUGGAGACUAUUUACUCAAUUGACAGGAGCCAGAGUUUUACUCCCACUCAUUAUAUCUCAGGGCCGACGAUGUGAAGUAUUUAGAAGAGCGAAUGGUUCUUCUGCCAUCUCAGCACUUGUAAAGUUUUGUCUUAAAAAUGCCAUAUUGAUCAAAGCAUUGUUGUCGCAGCUUUUGUUGAAGAUUUAGCAAGAGGAAGCACUCCAUACAGUUCUGUUUUUUCUUAGCAAAAUGCUAAACUUCACCCGCUGCAACUGCAAUGCACUUAGAGCAACUUCUAGUCUCUGGAUCUCAUCACGACCAUUUAAUUUGUUCUAAAGAUUUACAACGUGUCCUGACAGUACAUGAAAGAGCAUGGCUAAUGAGUCAAAUCUAGCAGCAUCAUCAGUAUGAAGCAGCAGUUACACUGACUGUAACCAGCCUCCGGUCCAGCCACCAGAGAAGCCGUCCCGUUCUGCUUCACAGAGGUGACUUCCCCCUUUAGACCAAGGAGCAGGUUUGUUGUGGGUUUCUUCAAGAAAUGGCUGCUUCAUAACUCUGUCACUGCCUUUUUUAAUCUGUGUAAGCUACACUGUUUUACCAUUGGCUGCUGCUGUGCCAUCUAACAACUUGCCAUCUUUGCUGGUAUUAACAUCAGAAUGGCUUCCAUUGAAAGUGUUCUCGGCUUCAUGUCUGAGUGACUCAGCAUGAUAAAUGUGAAAGCAGAUAGAAGCUUUUAGUGUGUCGAUGCAUGUUUGAUCCCCCUGCCCUCGUUUGUAUGUCCCAAUGUGUUGCAGACGACAGCACCAACGACAUCAGCGCAGCCAACCCAGCCUCAGGGGUACAAAACGCUGCGGAAGUGAACACUCUUCCCCCGAACGGUGCACCAUCAGAGUCAAGCGACCCACCAGAACCCCAACAAUCAUCCCGCAGCAAGAAGGAGCCAGGCCGCCGCUCCCACGGCACUGGCAGGCACACACAUUCCAACCACCGCCACCACUCCCCCAGCAAGAAAACCAGCACGGGAAAACACAAGGGCAAAAAGUCGACAGGGAAGAACACUCCCAAGAAGAAAGAUGACAAGAAAAGUGAUGGCCGCCAUCGCCACCGUAGCCGCCAUCGGUCACCUCAUAAGGGGCACACCCGGUCGCGCAGUGCAGAUAACGUCCUGGACGACCGAUAUGGGGGUCAGCGCCGAGGCCGUUCUCCAGACAGGCGCCACCGCCGCCACCGUUCACCCAACCGCUCGCCCCACCGCUCACCCCGUCGCUCGCCCUACCGCUCUCCUCGCCGUUCCCCUCACCGCCAUCGGUCCCCCUACCGCACUCGGCAGCAGUCCCCCACCAGACGCCGGGCCCAAUCCUCAGACCCCUACCGCCGGUAUCGCUCCCCAGAGAGACAGACCCGCAGCACCGAGAAGCCUAUUGUGGAUGAGCCUGUAUUGAAGGAGCCAAUCAAAACUCCUGAAUCCACCUUCCGUCUGGAAGACAGCAUCUUGCGAGAGUCCCCAGCCCUAGACCGCUUAAACAGGGAGGUCACACCGCCACUGCGCAGGGAAGACCGCCUCUAUGGAGAAGAUAGCCUGCUGAUGAAAGCCUCUACCUUGGACAGGUCCUACAGAGGGGGCGAUAACCUGCUGAAGGACAUGGCGUCUCGCAACCAGAGAGACAUCACCCUGCCCAGAGUACGCACUCCAGAUUCAGAUUCAGCUUACAAGAAGUACAGCUCGCUGCUGAGGGGUCGUUCGACUGAGAGGUUUGACAGCACACAGCUGAGCGGUCGUUCGACCGAGAGGUUUGACAGCACACAGCUGAGCGGUCGUUCGACUGAGAGGUUUGACAGGGAUGAGCGCUACCCCAGCCGAGACAGCACCCCUGAACCUUUGUACCGCUCCCGCAGUCUCGGACGAGACAUAUCCCCGAUCAGGAGCUUCAGAAGGGACGACUCGGAGGAUGAAGAGGACGAUGACAAUUUUGUGGCGGCUCAAGUGACGCAAUACUACAGCACGCUCAAGAACAAGACCAACACCAGUCGCUCAUCCAAGCCCACGCUCCCUGAGCCCAAGAAGACCUACAAGGAGAAUCCCAAAGACCUGAGCAUCUGAUUGGACAGCUGCCAGCUGAUCACAGCAACCAUCCACAAAACACCUCAAAUACUCACCAUCACUACCACUUUGUUCUACAGAAACGCACCCAACUUGUGUAGACAUGCUGACACACACACACACACACACACACACUGUAACAACACUGAGUUACUAACAAGGUCGUAGUUUUGAAAGCUGUUUUUUUUUCCUCUUUUUUUUAAAAAAAUGGUAUAUUUGAUUUUCUUUGUUUUCUCAUUUUGUUUUUGGGGGGUUUUUUUGUUUGUUUCUUUGUUUUGUUAAAGUAUUCUACAUUUACAGAUACUCAGACUUUUCCAGAAAAUAUAAAACCAUAAAAAACAAUGAUGUGCCUAACAACAGUUCCAUUAACAAACAACAUUUUUGUUUCGGGUUUGAUAUGUGGAGGGCAGUUUGUGUGCCCCACUGUCAGAUGAUGAAAUGUAUGUACUUUUCCACAAAGAUCCCUUGGAAGUACUGCGCACCUGGGUCACCAUAACAGGUGCUCACAAUGAUGCUGUGCAUGUCUUUACCGGUUUCAAUGUCUGUCUCUCUCUCUCUCUCUCUCUCGCUCGCUCUCUCUCUCCGUCUCUCUCUCUCUUGCCUUCGUACUCUCUCUCCUUCCAGUGCCACUGUUUUUUAGACAUUUGACCAGACUAUAGCACAAGCCUGCAUUUGUUUGUAUAUUUUUGACAGUUUGCAGUAUGUGUACAUUCAGAGGUGAUCAUUUUAAAUGAAGGAAGGGAAAAUGAAAAAGUUAAACUAUGAUGAUGAUGUUAAAAUAAAAUAAUAUA